AUGACUUCUCUUUUCUCCCCCCUCUCUUUUGCGCGCUCUUUUCUUUUCUUCUCUACGCCCCCACCUCUCUGUUAUCUCUCCAAAAAAAUAACAUUUCACUUUUUUUCAAGCUUACUGAUUUUGGCAGAUUAUCUAACGCUCGGAUUCCUUUUAAGACUCCCUUCACCUUCAUCUUACUAUUGCUCUACCCUUAGGAUGGAAUGUGCUUGCGUAUCUAUCUAUCUGUUUUUUUUUUUUUUACAUUUCUAUUUAUCUGUCUCUGUUCCUAUCUAUCUAUCUAUCAAUCUAUCUGUCUCUGUUCCUAUCUAUCUAACAAUCUAUCUGUCACUGUUCCUAUCUAUCUAUCUAUCAAUCUAUCUGUCUCUGUUCCUAUCUAUCCUCAAUCUAAUGUCUCUUAACUAUCUAUCUAACAAUCUAUCUGUUCCUAUUUAUGUAUCUAUCUAUCAAUCUAUCUGUCUCUGUUCCUAUCUAUCUAUCUAUCAAUCUAUCUAUCUAUCUAUUCAUCUAUCAUCUAUCAAUCUCUGUCUCUGUUCCCAUAUCUAUCUAUCUAUCUAUUCCAUAUUAUCUAUCUAUCAAUCUGUCACUGUUCCUUCUAUCUAUCUAUCUAUCUAUCUAUCUCUGUUCUAUCUAUCUAUCUAUUUAUCAAUCUUCUGUUGUUCCUAUCUUCUAUCUAUAAUCUAUCAUCUAUCUAUCAUCUAUUUUUGUUGUAUGCUUAGUUUGAUCAAUCAUAUUUUUUAA